AUGUUGAUAUGCAACCACUUGUUACGGGGUUAUAGUGGUUAUAAUGGUUAUAAUGGUAAUAAGGGUUAUGGUGGUAAUGCGGGUUAUAGUGGUUAUAGUGGUUAUAGUGGUUAUAGUGGUUAUAGUGGUUAUAGUGGUAAUAAGGGUUAUAGUGGUUAUAGUGGUUAUAGUGGUUAUAGGGGUAAUAAGGGUUAUGGUGGUAAUAAGGGUUAUAGUGGUUAUAGUGGUUAUAGUGGUUAUAGUGGUUAUAGGGGUUAUAGUGGUUAUAGUGGUUAUAAGGGUUAUAGUGGUUAUAGGGGUAAUAGGGGUAAUAAGGGUUAUAGGGGUUAUACGGGUUAUAGUGGUUAUAAGGGUUAUAGUGGUAAUAAGGGUUAUAAUGGUAAUAAGGGUUAUGGUGGUAAUGCGGGUUAUAGUGGUUAUAGUGGUUAUAGUGGUUAUAGUGGUAAUAAGGGUUAUGGUGGUAAUAAGGGUUAUAGUGGUUAUAGUGGUUAUAGUGGUUAUAGUGGUUAUAGUGGUUAUAGUGGUUAUAGUGGUAAUAAGGGUUAUAGUGGUUAUAGUGGUUAUAGUGGUUAUAGGGGUAAUAAGGGUUAUGGUGGUAAUAAGGGUUAUAGUGGUUAUAGUGGUUAUAGUGGUUAUAGGGGUUAUAGUGGUUAUAGUGGUUAUAAGGGUUAUAGUGGUUAUAGGGGUAAUAGGGGUAAUAAGGGUUAUAGGGGUUAUACGGGUUAUAGUGGUUAUAAGGGUUAUAGUGGUAAUAAGGGUUAUAAUGGUAAUAAGGGUUAUGGUGGUAAUGCGGGUUAUAGUGGUUAUAGUGGUUAUAGUGGUUAUAGUGGUAAUAAGGGUUAUGGUGGUAAUAAGGGUUAUAGUGGUUAUAGUGGUUAUAGUGGUUAUAGUGGUUAUAGUGGUUAUAGUGGUAAUAAGGGUUAUGGUGGUAAUAAGGGUUAUAGUGGUUAUAGUGGUUAUAGUGGUUAUAGUGGUUAUAAGGGUUAUAAGGGUAAUAAGGGUUAUAGUGGUUAUAAGGGUUAUAGUGGUUAUAAGGGUUAUAGUGGUAAUAAGGGUUAUAGGGGUUAUAAGGGUUAUAGGGGUUAUAAGGGUUAUAGGGGUAAUAAGGGUUAUAGGGGUAAUAAGGGUUAUAGUGGUUAUAAGGGUUAUAAGGGUUAUAGGGGUAAUAAGGGUUAUAGGGGUAAUAAGGGUUAUAGUGGUUAUAAGGGUAAUACGGGUUAUAGUGGUUAUAAGGGUAAUAAGGGUUAUAGUGGUUAUAAGGGUAAUACGGGUUAUAGUGGUUAUAAGGGUAAUAAGGGUUAUAGUGGUUAUAGUGGUUAUAGGGGUAAUAAGGGUUAUAGUGGUUAUAAGGGUAAUACGGGUUAUAGGGGUAAUAAGGGUUAUAGUGGUUAUAAGGGUAAUACGGGUUAUAGUGGUUAUAAGGGUAAUAAGGGUUAUAGUGGUUAUAGUGGUUAUAGGGGUAAUAAGGGUUAUAGUGGUUAUAGGGGUAAUAAGGGUUAUAGUGGUUAUAGUGGUAAUAAGGGUUAUAGUGGUAAUGCGGGUUAUAGGGGUUAUAGGGGUUAUAGGGGUAAUACGGGUUAUAGUGGUAAUACGGGUUAUAGUGGUUAUAGUGGUUAUAGUGGUAAUACGGGUUAUAGUGGUUAUAGUGGUAAUAAGGGUUAUAGGGGUAAUAAGGGUUAUAGUGGUAAUACGGGUUAUAGGGGUUAUAGGGGUAAUAAGGGUUAUAUUGGUUAUAGUGGUAAUACGGGUAAUAGUGGUUAUAGUGGUAAUACGGGUAAUAGUGGUUAUAGUGGUAAUAAGGGUUAUAGGGGUAAUACGGGUUAUAGUGGUAAUACGGGUUAUAGUGGUAAUACGGGUUAUAGUGGUUAUUGGGGUAAUAAGGGUUAUAGGGGUUAUACGGGUUAUAGUGGUAAUACGGGUUAUAGGGGUGAUAAGGGUUAUACGGGUUAUAGGGGUGAUAAGGGUUAUAGGGGUGAUAAGGGUUAUAGGGGUAAUACGGGUUAUAGUGGUAAUAAGGGUUAUAGUGGUAAUAAGGGUUAUAGGGGUAAUACGGGUUAUAGUGGUAAUACGGGUUAUAGUGGUAAUACGGGUUAUAGUGGUUAUAGUGGUUAUAGGGGUAAUAAGGGUUAUAGUGGUAAUAAGGGUUAUAGGGGUAAUAAGGGUUAUAGUGGUAAUAGGGGUUAUAGGGGUUAUAAGGGUUAUAGUGGUAAUAAGGGUUAUAGAGGUAAUAGGGGUUAUAGGGGUAAUACGGGUUAUAGUGGUAAUAUGGGUUAUAGUGGUAAUAUGGGUUAUAGUGGUUAUAGUGGUUAUAGGGGUUAUAGGGGUUAUAGGGGUUAUAGGGGCAAUACGGGUUAUAGUGGUAAUACGGGUUAUAGGGGUUAUAAGGGUUAUAGGGGUUAUAAGGGUUAUAGUGGUAGUAAGGGUUAUAGGGGUUAUAAGGGUUAUAGUGGUAAUACGGGUUAUAGAGGUAAUAAGGGUUAUAGGGGUAAUACGGGUUAUAGUGGUAAUACGGGUUAUAGUGGUAAUAGGGGUUAUAGGGGUUAUAGUGGUAAUAUGGGUUAUAGUGGUAAUAUGGGUUAUAGUGGUAAUAAGGGUUAUAGUUGUAAUACGGGUUAUAAUGGUUAUAGUGGUAAUAAGGGUUAUAGGGGUAAUAAGGGUUAUAGUGGUUAUAGUGGUAAUACGGGUUAUAGUGGCUAUACGGGUUAUAGGGGUUAUAGGGGUUAUAGGGGUUAUACGGGUUAUAGUGGUUAUAGGGGUUAUAGGGGUUAUAAGGGUUAUAGUGGUAAUACGGGUUAUAGUGGUUAUACGGGUUAUAGGGGUUAUAAGGGUUAUAGUGGUUAUAAGGGUUAUAGUGGUUAUACGGGUUAUAGUGGUUAUAAGGGUUAUAGGGGUUAUAAGGGUUAUAGUGGUUAUACGGGUUAUAGGGGUUAUAAGGGUUAUAGUGGUUAUAAGGGUUAUAGGGGUUAUAGUGGUUAUACGGGUUAUAGUGGUUAUAGGGGUUAUAAGGGUUAUAGUGGUUAUACGGGUUAUAGGGGUUAUAAGGGUUAUAGUGGUUAUAAGGGUUAUAGUGGUUAUACGGGUUAUAGUGGUUAUAAGGGUUAUAGUGGUUAUAAGGGUUAUAGGGGUUAUAGUGGUAAUACGGGUUAUAGGGGUUAUAAGGGUUAUAGUGGUUAUAAGGGUUGUAGUGGUAAUAAUUGUUAUAAGUGUUAUAGUGGUAAUACGGGUAAUGAGGGUUAUAGGGUAAUAGUGGUUAUAAUGGUACCCACUGAUACGUGUAUCUACCCAACUCUUCUAUGUCUAUGUAUCUAUAGUCUCGUAUCUUCCCUCUCUGUCCAUCUCUUCUAUGUCUAUAUAUAUCUAUAGUAUAUACUCUUCUCUCCCCUCUAUUCUCUUCUAUGUCUAUAUAUAUCUAUAGUCUAUACUCUUCUCUGUUUAUAUCAAAUAUAAAAAGUAUGUAAGGGAACAGAAUUCUAUUUUAAUGAAUAAAAUACAGUUUAAUUCCUUGAUGAUGUGCUGCCAUUACUCUUGUUAAUGUUAAUAAUUAGGCUUCCAGCAGGGUUGAGAUCAAUUCCAUUUCAAUUCCAGUCAGUUCUAGAAGUACACUGGAAAUCCAUUUCUCUUCAAUGCUUUUCAAUGAGGAACAUUUGGAAUUGAAAUGGAAUUAACCCCAACCCUGGCCUACAGUUUGUCAGGUUGUGACUUCCUUAUGACUGUUACCAUGGAGAUACUAUUAUAUGUUCUGAAUGUCAUUCUAUCACUGUUACCAUAGAGAUACUAUUAUAUGUUCUGAAUGUAAUUCUAUCACUGUUACCAUAGAGAUACUAUUAUAUGUUCUGAAUGUAAUUCUAUCACUGCAUGUAUCCAUCUUCUUCCCAUUUGAAGGAAUAAACAUCUAUAAUGAAUGAA